UACCACCUUGGGAUUGUAAAAUUAAAGCCUUUGGAUCUAAUUUAAUACUUCUUACACUUUUAUCUGCCAAUGUCACUCGAUGAUUGCUCGUUUUUACAUCAUGAUAAGUAUUCAGCUCUUCAUUACGCUUGUGCUAUGUGUUUUGCUGCUUGUUUUAACAUUGAUCUUUAUUCAUCACCUUUAUUUAUCAAAAUAUUGGCGAAGCAGAAAUUUGCCUUUCAUCCAUCCUUUACCGUUGUUGGGUAACCUAAAAGACUUACUCUUCUUAAAGAUAUCGUUUGGCGAACAAUUUUUGGCGCUAUAUAGGCACCGUACCCUCAGGCAAGCAGCUGUGGGUGGUAUUUACAUAUUAAACAAACCAGCUCUGUUGGUAAGAGAACCGGAACUGAUUCAGUCAUUAUUCAUUAAAAAUAGCCAUUCGUUUGCGAAUCGUUAUGAGGCGGCUGGUCGAAAUGACAGAUCGGGUUCUUUAGCAUUAGCUCUAGCUAAGUAUCCUGCUUGGCGUGCGAGCCGUUUGCAGCUGUGCAAAGUAUUUACCAGUGGUCAAUUACGCGAGCGCAAAUACCCUUUAAUGUUGCAGAUAGCCGAGGAUUUGGAAAAGCAUCUUUUAAAAAUAAUCUCUCCCGCGAAUGAGGGCAUAAUUGAAGUAAAAGAAUUGUGUUCUUUAUUCACCACAGAUCUGACUUCCUUAGUGCAUUUUGGUGUACAUGCUGGAGGAUUAAAAAAAGGUCACUCUGAAGUGCGUAAACAAACCCUAAAACUUUUGAAGGUGAGUUUCUAUAAAACCUUAGCAUUUAUGGUAACAUUCUUUCUACCUCACUUGACGGAUAUAUUACGAAUUCGAGUGUUUCCUCAAUCUUAUACGAAAUUUAUAAAAGAAUUCGUAACCGCAAUUCGCAAGCAACGGCGUGGAUUCCAGGCAUCAGAAAAUCAAGAUUUGCUAGGCAAUCUGUUGGAAUUAGAAAGAACCGGUUAUCCGUUUGCAAACCAUCCAGAUUUUAUAACGGCCCAAGCUGCGAUAUUUUUAUUGGCAGGUUUUGAAACAUCUUCUUCUGUUCUCGCCUUAACAUUGUAUGAAUUAGCUAAGCAGCCCGAAAUACAGCAACGUUUGCGUCAAGAAAUCAAUGAAGCCUUUAAACAAAAGCCCGCGCUUUCCUUUGACCAGCUACAACAAUUAAGCUACCUUCAUCAAGUUGUUUGCGAAGGCUUACGUAUGUAUCCCUCAGCUGCAUUCAUCAAUAGAGAAUGUACCCCUUUGCAAAGAAAUAAAGGCUUUAAUUUUACAACAAAACAUGGAUCAGUUUAUGUACCCAAAGGCAUGCCUGUUUACGUUUCUAUCUUGGGCUUACACAGGGACGAGAAGUACUGGCCUCAACCCGAUUUUUUUAAUCCGGAACGAUUUUCAUCUAAAAACAUUUGCUCUGUGCUUCCUUCUUCUUAUUUACCCUUCGGCGUGGGCCCCCAUGGUUGCAUAGGCAGCCGCUUGGGCUUGUUGCAGCUUAAACUAGGCUUGGCUCACAUUUUGAAGAUAUGUCGUGUUGAAGAGUGCUCCAAAACCGUGGCUCAAUUAAAAUUUGAUGAAAAAUCUUUCAUGUUAAAAGCCAGAGGCGAUUUAUUCUUACGUUUUGAAAAGGCAUGAAGCCUCAGCUAGCUUAAGCGCAAGAACUUUUACAAAAAGUUUAAGAAGUUGUUUAACAAAGUAAAUUAACAAAAUUAAGCUAAAGCGUUAUAGUCGGCAAGGCCAACUAUUAAAUAACACUUUACCAAUAUAAUUUUUCGCCGAUCUUCGUCAUAAAGCAAAAUGUUGUACUUUUUUGCCAAGGAGAGGCUUAUUUUUCGUUAAUUAUAGUCCGAAAAACUCGAUUAAAUUUAUCCCGCAGACCUAAAAAUAUAAACGCGGCCUCACAGAA